UUCAAGUUAGUCUUAUAAAAUAUCGACCUCAAAAUUUUUGCAAGGAUCUAUAGAGAAACACAGAGGUCAGAGGCAAUGGCUGGGUUGCAAAGAUCUUCAGUGUCGUUUAGGAGGCAAGGCUCUUCAGGGUUUGUGUGGGAUGACAAGCACUUAUCAAGAGAGCUUGUAGACAAAGUAGCACCGCUGCUAAAAGAAGGAGGAGGAGGAGCACGACAAGACCAAGAGAAGGAUGAGAUUAUAGAGAGAGUUAGGGCACCAAAACCAAUCAACACCGUCAGUAGAAGCAGGUCCAACGGUGGGGGACGUGGCUACAGAACUGGGAAGGUCACGCCGGCUAUCGAACCUCCGUCGCCAAAGGUCUCUGCAUGCGGCUUUUGUGGCGGUUUUGGUAUACCGUCGAGAAAGAGUACUAAUCUUAGAGCAAGGGCUUGGUAAGCGUAGAUUAAGGUAGAAUUAGGAUAGCAAAAACGAUGUGAAAGGUUUAGACAACAAAGAAGGGGAGCCAAAACGAUGGUAUAUUUGUGAUGAUUUUUUUUUUUUUAUAAUUUACUUUUUUUAGUUUGAUUGGUUACAAGUGGAAUUUAAGUAUGGAUUUCUUCAGGAAAUCUCAAUCAUGUACGAAGGAAAUUAAGCUUAAAUGAAGUCUAGAACAAUUAAUUAUUAAGUUUUGGGCAA